AUGAAAAGCAAGGGCUUGGAUUGGUCCGUGGGGACGGCCUUCUUGCUGGCAGAUGACUCUCAUGAGCUGACGCGAAGCGUCAGAGUUGCCGGCACCGAUGUUGCUUACCAGAGGCUUGAAGUUGACCAGGAGGGCGUCUGCCGGAACAAACUCGAGCGGACAGAUUCUGCGGAUGAAGGAGGCAGAGCAGUGUGCGAUUCCGUUUGGGGCUGUUUUGAAGCAUCAUGGAAGGCUGUGCUCACGGCAUUGGUUGCACUGGCGGCUGCCAUUGGUAUGCAGACGAUUCUUCCUUCGGUCCACGUGUCACGGUACCUUGUCAUGGAGACGACGGUGGUGGAUUAUCCGGCUGCCUUCGAAGUUAAAUCGGAGUACCGGCCAGAAUGCGACACCAGGUCUUCAUCAUUCCAGAUCGGGAAUCGUGACUUCCUGGAGAAGUUGCAGGACUUUAGUUUCGUGUUUUUCUCCAUGGCGAGCAUCGUCAAUAUGCUUACUGAAGUUAUUAAAACGGCCUCCGCUGUGCUGAUGCCACCUGUGAAGCCUAUACCAGAUGUGGAUCAGUUUGUUCCGGACACCAGUCAACCGGGCAAUGUGGCUCUCCGACGAUGUCCCGCAAAUCGCUUUGUGACGUUGGGAAGCUUGGUCCCAUCUCCACAGUAUCUCUGGCGCUCCGGGCCCGAUGCAAUGGAGUUCACGCAAGCAGCACAGGAACUGAUCGCCUUCGUGCAGGGCGGCCUGCUGGAGGGUCAACGAUCGGAAGGGUCGGAAUUUUCUCCUGCCGAUUCUGUCAAUGUUCUUAUGGAGGCUCCUCACAGUAUCAAGCUCGGCGGCAUGACCGCUUUUUUCCCAUGGUCUAUGCAAACUGCAUGUUACCUCUUCCCCAUUCAGCUCAUCAGCUUGUUAUAUGACUUGAUUGCAGACUCCUUGCUCCGGAACCCUGACUACCUCCUUAUUGUCACAGACACGGACAAAUGGUGGGUUUGGUUUCAGCUUUCUUUUCGUCACGAGAUGCUUUUGCCAAUGCUAUUGCAGGUGCUUCGCAUUCACAUCAGCGUAGACAACCUACGUGCCUUCUUUCGGGGGAUGCAAGGAGCCUCUGCAGGCAGAAUCAUCUUGUCCGUUGCAUGCUGCGUGGCGUUGCUGCCAAAGCUGUUGAUAUUCCUGCCAGCAUUAUUGGUCACCUUCCUGAUAGGGCUUCCUCCUACGUGGGCAGCAUGCAUGCUGCUCGAGCGCACAACUGGCCGGUCAUACUGGCACGAAAAGGAGGGCCCCCACGUUGGUGUGCUGUACUGCUUUGUUCUGCCAGCGGCUGCUUUGGUGAACAGGAUAUUCUAUCAGUUUUCGGCAGGGACCUACCUAUGCACUCACAGUCGAGCCAGCUUGGUUCCGCUCCAGCAGGGGCAUCUCACAAUGGAUGCACCACUUCUUUGCUUCGUGAUCUCGAUGUUUUUCUGCAGCCUUGCUGUGUUGGUUCCUCUUCGCUUUCUUCUUGCUUUCUUCCCCGAGACGUGCGGCAGGGGUGUGUUUGCCUUCCUGAGCCCUGCUGGAUUCUACAUUCGCUGGCUGGAAAACCCACUCUACGACACCAGAAGCCUGCGGCUGGAUCGGGAAGGUUACGAGGAGCACCGAAGGCAUUUCUUCAAGGAGGGUACCAAGGACGGGUGCAGGUAUUGCGAACACCUGAUAAAGGGCGAGACGCAGGUUGAGCUCCCGCAAACUCCAGCACAGGCUUUCAUGUACGACGGCCUGCAGCAGUGUUGGGAGCUGCCAUGCUUGCUCCACUAUCUGUUCAGUGCACAGCGUGGAGCUGUGAGCGCUAUGGAGCUGCUCGGGGUCAUAGAGACUCUGAGGUCGCGGCAGUCAUCUGUUCGACGGCUUCGGUCCAAGCUGGACUUGGCAUACGACUUUGCGGUUGGCCUCCAACAGGCGGAGCAGCAUCGCAGGUCGUACCUGGAAGCAGAAGAGCACAUCAGAGUGAUUGAUGGCGAGUUUGGUCCCAGCACCAAGAAGGCUUUGGUGGAAUUCCUCAUGCAGCAGGGAGAACUGAGUCGCAGCUUCAGUACGCCGAACCACAAGGCUACCUGGGGCCAGGAUGCAUGCAAAGCGCUGCAGAGCUAUUUGAAGCGGAUCGGAUUCUACACAGGUCCGCUCAAUGGUCAGCUCGACGAUGUGUGGACAGUCCGUGCAUUGAGAUCUUGGCUUCUGGACCUGGGCUUCAUCUACAAAAGAUGGCUUGUGGACAGGGAUGGUGAACUGGGCAGGUGGACGACAAUAGCCUUGCAAAGAUUCCUGAUUUCCACACACGAGCGCGCUCAUGGCAACAGGUACCUCGCUGUCAACGGUCAGUGGACGGUGGACUUUGUCUUUGCCUUUCAGGAUUUUUUGGCUCGGAGCGGUACUGCAAGCCCUCGAACAGGGACCUGGCGACUUGCAAACACCAAAGCCGUCCAGGAAUUCUUGAUCAGGCGUGGCUACUUGGCCGGGCAGAAACAGCCCACUGACGACACAGAUGAGAUCUUUGAUGAGCAGGUGUGUCGUGCGCUGCAAUGUUGGCUCCGUGAUCAAGGCUUUCCAUGUGGCCUCAACGGAGAGAACGCGGACGGUGUCGAUGGGAAGUUCGACACCGGAACCAAGCUGGCAUUGCAGCUGUUUCUCAAGUCAGAUCGAGCCAUGCUCGUUCACAAGGACCUCAUCACCAACGGUAAAUGGAGGGCCGAGACAAUCCGCAGGUUGCAGGACUUCCUGUCCGAAGACAACUCCAAUCUGGAGGUGAACGGUCUUUGGGACCUCGCUUCCGGGCAGGCCUUGCAAGCCUUCCUCAAGAGCCAGGGACGAUAUGUCAGCUUCGUGGAUGGUGACUUCGGCGGCGUGUCCGUGCAGUCACUACAGGCCUGGCUACGAGAUGAGGGGUUCAGCUGUGGCAAUGAUGGUCCUCGGUGCGAUGGAGUGUCAGGAAACUGGACGAAGGACACAACAGCAGCUUUGCAGAGAUUCUUGAACUCCAGGAAAGCAUCGGCUGGCGUGGAUGCCCCUGCCCUCUGGUCCGACGAGUAUGCGGACCUCAAAGCCUCAUGCUGGGCCAUGGCGCUGUUCGGCGGUGCUGAGAACUACAUGGAACAGGACGCUCUGGAAUUGCUGCCGCCGGCCGAUGUAGAGAAAGGCCGCAAAGCUGCGGAGGCACGACAGCUCUUGCGGGACUCCGGCCUGGCUGUCCCAUUUGGCGAGUGGUGGGGUGCUGCCCAGCUGUUGUCCAACUUGGGCAGCGGGACUUGGCUUGAUGCUGCUGGCAGCGAAGCCGCAGUCGCCGCUGUGAUAGCUUUGCAGAGCCUUGAGGGUGCUGAUGAGGCGCCAGAGGGAGUCUUCGAAAUGGGCAUCGCUUCGCUGCUGAGCCAUCUGCGCGUCGGUUCCAUGCAGGCAGUGGAGGCAUCCUGCGCAGCGCUGGGUAGACUGGCCGACAUGCACCUCUUGCAAGUCGAGGCUGGUUCCGUCGGCCGAGCAUGCUACAUCGACGGAUGGAAUGCAGGAAUCACCGAACAGGUCCAUGACUCCGCGAGGAAGAUUCUGGCGUUGCGCUUGCGAGCAAAUUCAGCAAUUCACUCUGUCAGAGCCUUUGUGGUUGAUGCCAAGCGGCAACGCAACUGUCAACACCAGAGAAUGUCGCGAGGCAGUUGCAAGAGGUCUUACCUCUAUGAAGAGCCUGGUCUCGCAGCUUUGGCCAGUGCUGAGGCACUUCUGGCUCAUCUUGCUGUGGCAGAAUUCUUGGAACGCCGAUCCGUGUUCUGCAGCAUCAGAAUCGCCAGAGCCAGGGAGCGUCUCUCCUGCAGCUCCGAUGGCCUCGAUGUCAAAAUAGCCGCAGAGGCUCUGGCGUCCCUCGACUUCGAGAAACUCCUCCCCGAGCACGUUCUGAGUUCCUGUGCCGACAUCCUCGGGCCCAGACUGCACGAGGAGGAUUGGCUGAUGCGCGUGGGUGCCUGUCAUGGCCUGGCUGUCUUUGGUAGACAGGCGUCUGGACCCUACCUCGAUCCCAUCCUUCAGCUUGUGGACGAUGAAGAGGGCCCAGUGGUAGGAGCUGCAGCCUAUGCCGUGAGCCAGCUCAUGGACGGCAGAAAUGGGCGCUUGCUCGGCGUGGUGAGGAGGCUCCAAGCGCGCCUACCCGAUGCGGAGAGCGACUCCUGGGUAAGGGCAGGUGCCUGUCAGGGUCUUGGCCUGCUCAGCGUUGUUGAUGCUGACACCAUUUCCGUGUUGUCUUCACACUUGACGGACACGGAAGUCAUCGUCGUUGAGGCAGCAGCCGAGGCAUUAUGCAAUCUGCAGAUGAUGAAUGCCAUAGACCUGAAGGUGGUGGAAGAUCAAGCCAGAGAGACCAGCAAGCGGUUGUACCAUGCAGACUGGCUCACCAGGUGGGCGGCCUGCAUUUGCUUGGGUGCACUGGGUGCUGCAGCGCACCCUUACCUCCAGGAAUUGAAAGAGCGAGUUAAUGACGAAGACGAGAACAGGGUUGUUCACGACGCCGCCAAGAUGAGCCUCGCAAGGCUGCAAGCUUUGCAGCGCAGCGAGCGCAGCCUUGACAGGGUUCAGCUGGCGCUUUCCGGGGAUGGGUCGGUCAAGCACGGGUAG